AUGGCAUUAAGAAGACUUAAAAAGGAAUUGGAAGAUAUAGAAGUGGACCCACCAGCACUAUGUUCCGCCCGUCCAAUUGGGAGUGACAUUUUUAACUGGGAGGCAACGAUCAUUGGCCCACCCGGCAGUCCGUACCAGGAAGGCGUAUUUUCAUUAACACUUCAUUUUCCAAGCAACUACCCAUUCGUACCACCAAAAGUGUAUUUUACGACGCGUAUAUAUCAUCCAAACAUUAGCAAGGACGGAGUGAUUUGUAUAGAUAUAUUAAAAUCUCGGUGGUCUCCGGCGAUGACUAUUUCCAGUGUGCUGUUGUCCAUCUGCACUCUGAUGUGUGAUCCCGAUCCCGAGAAUCCGCUGAUGAUGUCGAUCGCCAAAAAGUAUAUACGCGAUCGCGAAGCGUAUUAUGUAAUUGCCAAGGAAUGGACAAAAAAGUAUGCAAUGGGAUAG